CGGCGCUUAAAAAUAUAGGCGGCUUUCUUUAAAUAACCAUCAGUGAGUGCUAGACACGAGAGUUUUCCAACCGCCUAGAUCAAAGAGUUAAGGUCAAUUAUGUGACGUGAUGCAUUUCGCGGAGUUACUUAUUUCUGAGGUUGCCGUGAACGGACUAGAGGGAGUUACAUUGAAUCAGUUGUGGCGAAAUUUGGAAGACAAACGUCUUGGGUUUCCUUGGAAAAUAGAUGAAAAUAGCAAACAAUUUAUUUGGUCUACGCUAAUUAAAACUAAGAAUAUAAGAUAUUAUGUGAUGCCAUUUUCUGUUCCCCUAUGUGAGCAUUUUAGUCGUAUUGAUUGUCUGGUGGAAAUGAAAGAUGGUACUUACUACAAGCUACCAGAUUCCCUCCCUCAAGUCCAGUUUUUCCCUGUGAACAAAGAUGGUGUAUUUGGGUCCUCAAAGUAUUAUGAAGAAAGAGAAGAUAUUACGGAAACUGUUUGCAGCGAUGUUUCUUGCAAUGUGCUACAAAAUGUCGCGGAAAGGUGGGGUGACACCCUAGUACUGGUAGCUUCACAAAAUGAAAGGAAUAAGUUUUUAUUUGGGAGCCAAAAUGUUCCACGUUACUUGUCUACAGGCUUGUAUGUUAUGCUUGAAGCGAUUGCUAAGCAGAAAUACAAUGGGUUAUCUACUACUCACUAUGAUGGAUUACUAUCUUCUGGUAUGACAACUGGUACUAUAUGGUACAUGCGUCAAAAACUUGAAAAAAUGGGUAUAAUAAAGUCCCAGCCUUACUUAAUGAAGGUUGGUAAAAAGCCUGUGACUCCAGGUCUGUUGCUGCAUCACCGCAAAUAUUACAUACACUUCCCGUUCCCGCCUGCAAUGUUUAUGGACAGGAUAUCACAAUUUUUAUUGAACAAACCAAAACACAAGUGUUUUGGAUUUGAAAUUCGCAAGUUAAUCGGCAUUACUUCCAAAGGAAUCAAGCGAACUCUGAAAUUCGGUGUGCGACAUGGUUGGCUAGAUGUCAUCAAUACAAGUUUCAGGGAUGCUUGCGCUGUACUACUUAACAAGAAUGAUGUUGAUGUAGAUGAUGAUGAUAUGCUUAACAUCCUUCAGCAAACAGGUUGCGCGGUCGAUCCACAUCAUCGGUAUCCUUGCAUGGUAAAUUUGGUGUCGCUUAAAAAGCCGUUUAUUAUGGACUCUUGGAUAUCUGAAUGUGGUCAAGGUGAAAAUGCUUUUGGAUUUAAAAAGUGUAAGAAAGAAGAAUAUGACAUUGACUCUGAUGAUGCUUUGGAUGAUGAGUAUGAGGGCGUGGAUGAUCAGCUGGAAUCAUCAGCUGUAAAGCUUGAAAAUCCCGACGGUAGUCUCCUUGGGUUGAAAUCGGAAGAAAACCAGAAUACUUUGGCUCUGUGCGAUACACAGAUAUCCACAAACACUUCCUCUUAUUUUCCUGUGUCUAGCAAAUUGCAGUGUCUGGUGUACGCUAAAAGACUAUUGGCGUCUAUUCCCUCACUCAAAAUUGAUGAAUCUAUAUCAGUUCAAAUAGUUCGUAUCCUCGCCUUGCAUGAGUGUACAAUGGCUGAACUUCUGGCGGUAACAAAAACAAGUUUGUACAAUUUACGUCGCACUGUGAAAAGUUUAGUUACAAUUGGCGCAUUGAAAGCCGUGAAACGGUCAAUGGAAUCUACUUUUGUUCUCUAUUAUAGUUUAGUGACUGAUGCGGAUAGAGAAGAAAACCUAAAAAUUAAAAUAAAUAAAACCACUCCCGUAUUGCAGACGUUGCCAACUAUUCAAACACAAAGACAAAAUCGUCGUGCAUUUAUCCUUAAUUAUUUGGCGAAAUAUCGUAUAAUUGCUUCGGAAUACUCGUUACGUCAAUUAAUAUGGGAUCAUGAACGCUCAAUCGGUCUGAAAAUCCGCAUGGAUCGUAAAUCAUUACGUAGAAUUUUAGACGAAUUAAUCGCAGCUAAACUGGCUACAGUCCUUAAGAUGAAAUCUCUCAAAGGAGAUGUUACUUUCAUCUGCCAACCAGAUGUUAAAGAAGAUGAUCCAUUAAUAUUGACAGCUAUCAAGAACAUAGAUCUUGCAGCUAUACGUAAUCUCCCCAUACAAGAUGAGAAAAGUUCUGUUGUAUUUAGUGCGAAUCAAGUUACGAAGAUUGAAGGUGUUGAUCCUUUGUCACCCGAGGCGAUGACUAUUGUCCUGCACAAAAUGCCAUUGUUACCGAAAAUGCGUCGAAGAUCACUGAUUCAUGAAUAUUUAUUCCAUGUGGUUUAUGGCCUUACUGAAACGUCACGUCCUGUCAAACCUCAGUCUGAAAGUGAACCUCCAGUCUAUUGUGAUGACGACACAUGGCGCAGAUAUGUAGCUCCAUUAGAGCCAUUAAGAGAAAUGAGCAACGGUUGGUUUCUGAUCAGUGAAGUUUUACGUGGCAUUCCCUUCGGUUUAUAUUUACGACUUACAAUCACCACAUCACUGCCACGCAUACUGUGUCGGUGGCUUAAACUCGAUCACUUGUUAACUGAUCUAAAUCGAGAAGAAAUUGAGCAUUUAGAUGCAGAGUUAGCACGUUUUCACAAUGCCAAUAUGAUAAAUCAAAAGGAUAUUCCUCUCAGAGAUUUGUUACGAUAUCCCUUACGAUACGUUGAACUACCUGGAGGAUCACGAGGUCUGCUUAAUGAUUGGUUAUUGUCUGCCAAAAAGCUGAGAGCAGUUUCCGCGAUGAUUGAAGAUCUGUCAAGUGUUACUGGUCUAGUAACUAUGCAGCAGAAAAAUGUUUCUCAGGCUAAGACAAGUAUGCUUGGUUUUCUUCACCGUCGCGCAAGUUUACUAGAUACUCGCUGUGCUAAUCCAGCUUACCAAAUUCUGACUCGUUUGGAACGUACAGAAGUUAUACAUUUUGACUUUCAAACUGCCGCCGAUGUUGCUAGUUAUUGGUUGACUUGUGAAACCAUUGCCCGCAAUACUCCCCUUGGUCAUAAUUCUUGCAAGGAUGAAAUAGAUUCAGAGCUUCUGCCACCAUUAACACCAAGAAUAUCUACUCAACCUGUGGAUGAUGGUGCAUUAAUUAAUUUGGACUGGUCAGAAAACAUAUUGUUUAAGUUUAGAAACGUUUUGUCAGAUGGUACAGAAGUAUUUCCAUGUGGUGCUUGCGGGUAUCAUCCUACUGAUUGUACUUAUAACGUUCGUAAUUGGGGUUCAACACGCAGUAAAUCUAAACGUAAAGGUGAUGGUGAACGUCUUUUAAAUCUUUUGGGAGAAUUUACCGGUAUGGAUGAUACUUACGGGUUUAAUGCUCCUAGUGAUGAACCUUUCUGGCCCUGGUUUCCUAGUUUGUUUGCCGACCUUGAUGUCCCCACGAUUUUAAAAUUUGUUGAUACACCACAAGUCGUCAAUAGACGGUCAGUUUGCCGCCGUUCUGCAAGGAUUAAUCGAUCCAGUUUUUAUGAGGAUGAUCCUACUAGGAAACGUGGAAUGCACGAAAUGGAUUCAUUGUCAGAUGAUAUUGAUCAGAGAGCAGAAUCUCGAGAUACUGAUAGUAUCUUGAAGGAUAUUCGUCAGCAAAAUUUAUUAGAUACCUCAGUGAGUCAUCGAAGUACUAGUCAACGCUUGCAAAAAGAGCUUUCAUCAUUUGAAAAUAAGGAAAAUGUUAUCAGCGGGUUGUCGUCACACGUAUCAUCCAGUUUUACUCCUUGUCAAACAGUUGUUGUUCGUCGAAUUCGUGGAAUUUUAAAACAAUCCGGAAAAAAAGCAGGCUAUGCUCAAUCAGGUCCAUAUGAUUUGUAUCUUCGUGCUCCUCGCUGUUGCUGGACUAAAUUGGAAGAUCGUUUGCUUUUCACUUGUCGAAUCGCUUCUGUACUGAUAGCUGGUGAAACGCGUAGAGAAUACAUUACAGCGCCUUACACAUUCGUUCGUGAUGUACUCCAUCGUUAUAUACCUCAGCUACAUUAUUUGAAAACUCCUGUGGCGUGUGCAAGACGACUUAAAUCGCUUUUACUUAGCAAAGGCCCUGAAUGGGUUUCUGGGAAGUUACUUUUUUCUCGUGUUUCAAGCCGUCCAGAUUGGCAGUUGAAGUAUAAUUAUGGGAGGGAUAAGUGGCGUAUUAUGUGCAAAGAGGAAACGGAAAAUGCCAGAUCGGUUUUUAUGGAAUUAGUGCAUAAUAUAAUCAGUACCUUCAUGCCUCAAAUUUUGGUGAGAUUGAGUUGCCUCGCUGUGGGGAAGCGCGGAAAUCGUGCAAAUAAAGAUUUUGAAAAACCAACCAAUCAAGGGACAGAUAAGCUUCUAUCUAUUGGAUCAAGUCGAGCAGAAAUGGAGUCUUCUUAUGAUCUCAUACCUUUGUAUGACCCUUCUGAUCAGAGUGGACUACCUGAAGUUGGAAACGAUCGUCUAAUGAUUGUGCUGUAUACGAUGUAUAACUUCAUUUUAGCAGCUUUCCGUUUCUCUUCCGAUCCAAUGGACUCAACAGUAUUCAAUGAAUCUUUGUUUCUUUGGGUUAUUAAGCAUUAUCCGAAAGCACAAGUUAAUCAUGCUGUAGCUCUACUCCUGAAAAAUCAUAUUAUUAAACGACCUAAAUCGUAUGAAAAGAAGACGGAUCCAGGUUUUCGUGUAGUCAACUCUGUGCGCAUUGCUAUUAGUCACAGAUUUUCACGAUGGACUCAUGGAGAAUUCACUACACAAACUAAGUAUAUUAAUGAAUCAUAUUCACUUUGGCUUCAUGCUGUUAAUCAACUGAAUUCUUCUUGUAUUGGUAAUAUGGAUUUGAUUGGUAGUAAUACUGUAAUGAUAAAGUCUCAGCCAAGCAGAAAUAAAGAAAAAGGAGCAGUAGAAGUCAAUAAACAAUCUCAAAAACUAAUAAACAAACAUUUAUUCAAUGAUAUAACAACUGGUGGUUGUGUAGCAUUUUUCUUGGAAUUAUUAUUGUUUUAUCCACACGUAGAUGUUCAGAUAUCUGUUAAAGUGGAAGAUAUAAUUCUAGUUGGCAGCAAUCAAACGUGUGAAGAUGAAACAGUUGACUUACUCUCAUUGCAAGAUAUUAAGCAGAAUUCUACCAUGCGACUGAAACCAACAGAAAUUCGAAAAGAUUUACUAUAUCGUAUGGGUGUGUCUAAUGAUAUAUUGAGUGAUCCACUAUUUGUUGGUGAUUAUAACUUUAUGCGACACUCCCGUUGGUUUGAUCAUCAUCUAUCAUUUACUGGUGGUUAUAUCCAAGCUGUCCUGAGCAGUAAUGAUAACAAAACCAUAAGUUGGAGUCCAUCCAAGUUGUUCGAGUUAUAUGGAGAUUCACUGAAAUCUUCAAUUCAAUCGGCUAGCAAUUCACUAGUCUUUCAGUUACCUGAUUUCGAAAGAAAUUGUUCAAAUGUGAAUGAAAAUCAAUGUAAUCUAACACUGGACGUUGAUUUGGAUAUGAAAAUAGAAGAUAGUAUAUCCUAUCGUCUCGAACAUUAUAUUCAGACUGGCCGUUUCAGUGGUCGUUCUGUCAUGGAAAUUAAGGUUAGUUUAUGUGUUACUUGUAGACGAUUCAUUUUUAUCCCAAAGCUCACGUUUUAUUGGCGUUAAAGUAAUCCGCGUUGAAUAUUGCUCAUACAUAUUUUUUAAAAUCUCUGGUUUUCUAUAAUAAAAUGAUUUUCGAUUGUGAUGAGUUUAUGUUAUUUGAAUGUUUCCACUGGAAUGCCUUUUUCUAAUUAAGUGAUACAAGUCGCAAAGCACCAUUCGGUUAUCUAUAAAACGCUAUAGAUUUCUUUAAAAAAUUAAUUAUUAGAUUGGAUUAUGUCUACCGAGUUUUACUAAUCUUUUUGUCAUUUUGUACAGUGAGAGCUUCUUUCUUCUAAUAUGCUAAUUGCAUUGUUACACGAUCGGCCAAUACUGUGGAGCCCAGUAUUAUAGUUAUCAAAGUGCAGUUUUUGAGAGACUUUGCGCGUCACAGACAGCCUUUCCAACAAGCUGCAAACUUUCAUCAACACCUGCCUUCACUCAUUACUGAAGAUCAGAUGGCUAGAAAGGACAAGCAACAAGAAACUCUGGCAAAAAACCAACCGAAAAACUAUUGCCCAACAAAUACACCUAAAUAAAUGGAGACAGAUUAGACAUGUUGAAUGAUAUCACACACAAGGCCCUCGAGUAGGACCUGAAUGGGAGACGACAUCCAAGGGUAGCAUCAAAAUAGAAAUGUGCCGCUGAAGACAUGUUUCACUCGAAACCUAAGGGUAUAAUAAUUAUAAUGUUUCUACGAACAUACGUGUUUUCGAUGUUUCAUUGGAAAUAACGUUUUGAUUUGGUUGUUUUCUGUGAUCUCAUUGUUUUAAUUGCGAAGCUAUCGCUGACCUUCUAGAUAACAGUAUAAUAUCCAUUAUUCGCUUCUAAAUUUCUGAGUUGCUUACUUUUUAUUUAAUGAUCUCUUGUAUUAUCUCUGAAUCCAUACUGCUCUCUGUUGCUUAUAAUAAUUUAAGUGUAAGUACUAAUUAGUAGAUGAAUUAAUAGGUCAUUGUCGAGUGAACAAAUAAUAAUUUUUAUCACAGUAAGUGUAGAGUUUAAUCUAAUUUUUUGAUUUAUUCAUACUAAUUUCACACACCAUGAUUAUUUAUAGCUUUUUAAAAUUUUGGUUUAUUAUUUCACUAUUUAUUUACUUUUCAGGAAAAUAUUGGUGAUCGUAAAAGUGUUUUGAGUGCACUAAGGCAUUUGUUAGAUGAUCGUGUGGUAAGUUUCAAAAGUGAUUAGUUUUCUGCCAAUGCAUUUACUUUUUGAAGGUGAACCUUAUUGGUAUAGACACUUUGACUUUCGAUAAAUGGAACACAAGUUGAUGGAUCGUUAUAGCUUGCUAUGACACAGCAGGUUUUACAGAUGGUGGUUGUCGGUUGAUGCAAGUUGAAAAAUUUAAGCACUACGACAUCCCUACUCAAUAAUUAACACACAGGUAUUCUUAUACAUAUUUUUCAAGAAAUUAUUCGUUAAACACACUGCAGUAUAAUGUGAAAUGAAUAUACAAACACCUGUAAUAUUGUUUGACGAUCACUGCUUUUCAUCCUAAUUGAUAUUAUUAUUUGGGGUCGGAACUGCGUAGAAGUUCACGCAAAAACCACAAUUCUUAAGGUUCCAUACCGAUACAUUCACAUCACACUUUUUUCUUACUAUUAUUUUUUAUGUGUUGCGUUGUUUUAUGAAUUUCAAUAAAGGCCGUAUCAAUGUAAUAAUAUGAGAUCUGUAGCCGUUUUGACCGAUGUACAAGUUCACAUUUGUGUAUUUGUUUGAAAUCAUAGUGGUUUCAAGAUAUUUGAAGAGAUAUUGGUAAAGUGGCAUUAGUUUUUCAUUUUCCACACAAUCUUAAGGGAAUGAAAUGCUCUAGUUUUUCACACUGUUUACCUCCCGCUCCAUUACUGAUAUACCCAGUAUUUGUAUUCUCGACUGUAUGUGCAUAAUUUCUUGAAAUCCUAGUUCGAGUACUUUAGGUAACUAGGUUGUACCACCUAUACGAUGUACAUCCCUCGUCACUCAAUUGUCUAGAUAUCGAAACUUUAUUGCUUUACGAUUGUAAAUGUAAAAAAAGAUGGAAGAGAAGUUCGUCGUAUUUGUGAAAAUAUUGUCGAGAGAAUAUUCUUUUCUUUGGAGUGUUUCGUGUACACGUUUAAGUGAUUGUCUUUGUUUAGGUGGUUCUUACUAAACAGAUUUUGUGCUUUGUACUCUACCAGACGAUAAGUUAGUCUGUGCUUCUAGACAACUUAAAAAAUGUAUCACCAAAGAAUGACACGAGAUUAGUACUUUUCCAACAAAACAUUGAAAGUUUGUUGUUUCACUUAACCGCUCGUUCGAGCAUAAUAGUCUAAUUGUAAAAUUUGUUUUAUUUCCUUUAUUUCAUAAUUAUUUCAAAUGAAAAAUUUAGUUUUAUUUGUAAAGCAAUCAACUUGCACAUAAAAUAAGAAAAUAAUACCGAAGAAUAUAUUGUGAAAACGUGCAUGCAUCAUAAAUAUAUCGUCCAUGAUGAAAGUGAUCAGUGAAUGGUUAAGAUUUCUUUUGCUAAAUCAUUAAGCAUUUGAAAGUCAUUCGCAUUUUUGUUGAAUCGGCUUCAUAUGCUAUAUCUCUAGUUAUAGAUAUGCUUCCAUUAGUUUAUCUUUAUGAUUAUAGUAAUAAACUUACUAUCAUGGCGGUUAUUUUAUUACUAAUAAAUUUUUGAAGUAUGAUUAAUUCGGAACCCAAUGAGUAGAAAUGCGUUAAUAAAUCUACAAGGCUUUUGUUAUAUUUCAAUUUUGGUAGUUUUAUUUAAAUUUAGUAAGGAUUUAUCAUUGUUUUUUUAUUUAGGUGUUCAAUGUCGGCAGCAUUCAUUCUAGGUUCGUGCAUCAGAAACACAUACGUUUGUGGCUAGUUCACUUAAAGCCGAAUAUAAAUCUUCAUCCAAAUGUUAAACAGAAUUUGACAGAAAUAGUAAAAAGUGAGAAAUCUGAAUCCUUUCCUCAACCAAAACGACUAAGGUUAGAUUCAACGUUAUCAGAGACAGCGGAGAAUCAAAAUGACCCAAGUUCUCCAGCUACAUACUCGUCCAGUAUGGAUGAAAUACCUAAAGGUUAUUUCUUUCCACAACCUUGGUUUUCCGAAAGCGGAUCACCUAAACCAAGGUUAUUUUGUGACAUUCUACAAAGUUUAUGUGCUAAUUUAACUAAUCAUGGUGGAACCACACUAGCCUUAUUUGCUCAGCAACAUCAAACUCUAUUUGGUCAACAAGCUAUCCGUCAAUUACUAUGCGUAAGUUUAUACUCACUAAUCAACUUUUUUGAUAUGUUAGAUCUUUAAUUUUUUGAAAUUUCUGAUAAUAAUAAUGUAGAGUAGAAACUAAAUGGUGUGGUGAUUAUUAUCAAGAAAGAAUAGGAAUUUCUCAACGUCCCUGCCCUUUUAUGAUGUGUUAGUGAGCUAUCACAUGAACCAAAAUAUACUGUGUAUAGAAAGAAAUCAGCAGCCUUUGAUUUCUUAUUACUAACAUAAUUUAACCUGAAAAUAUGGAGUGAUUUUGAAAUCACUUCCAAAUUCUGGACGUUUGCUACUAAGUGACAUUCGUUAAUGACUGUUAUCCUGUACUAAUUGUGUUUCACUUCAAAUAUUAAUUUAAAAUUUAAUGUAAUCUAUGGUUGAUGUUUACCGGUUUAACAACUAAACCUUGUCUGUCUGUUUUCGACAUAGAACUUUGCAUUGAUGUGCGGCAGUCGCCACACCCCAUGUAGCACA